ACCCCCCUUACUUCAACCCCCUCUGCUCAUUCUCUCUCUCUUUCUCCUUCUCUCUCACUUUCUCUCUCUAGAUUCUAGUUUCUCAAACACUAACAAUGGCCAGACCACAACAGCGAUAUCGAGGCGUCCGUCAGAGGCAUUGGGGCUCCUGGGUCUCUGAAAUUCGACACCCUUUACUGAAGACAAGAAUAUGGCUAGGGACAUUCGAGACUGCCGAGGACGCAGCCCGGGCCUAUGACGAAGCAGCCAGACUCAUGUGCGGGCCAAGAGCAAGAACCAACUUCCCUUACAACCCCAAUGCGCCGCAGACCUCUGCGUCCAAGCUUCUCUCUGCAACCUUGACAGCAAAAUUACAUCGUUGCCAUAUGGCUUCUCUCCAGGUGGCCAAUUCUGUUAUGAAAGAGCCUCAGAAAGCUCCGUCACCGAUUGUCCUGUCCGAUAACGGCAUUGCCGGACAGUCGGAAGAAAUGGGUGUGUGGUCGUCAUCGAAGAGACCGGCCGUGCAACAGCCUGAGACCAAUUGGGUCGUGAAGAAAGUCCAAAUGGAGAAAACCCCACAGUUCAAACCUCUCGAAGAUGAUCAUAUAGAGCAGAUGAUACAGGAGCUACUUGAUUAUGGGACAGUUGAGCUCUGUUCUUCAACAUUAGACUCUCUCUAGCUUCGUCACAAGCGUCUUCUCAUCUCGCUCGCGGCUAAUGCGACUCAUUUUCUAUUUAAACCUUUUCGAAUCCCCCAUCUGUGUUAUUAGAUCGUAUCUGAGCUUUAGGUUUUUGUUCCAAGCGACUCAUUCGAUGGGAUGAUAUUAUUAUCAUAUGUACAGUAAGAGAAUUUCAAUAGAAUAUAUAUGAGAUAUUACAUAUUCCAAGCUCC